AUGUCUCUACUCAAACGGGCUCUUGCAGCCCUUUCUCUGCAACCAUACAAUCCAGUCUCUAUCAAGGCUGAGGCUCAUCCUUUUAUCAAUCCCGAAGGUUUUGUCGACUUUGGCCCCGAUGACAUUGAGAACCCUCGUAACUGGUCCAUGGGUCGCCGAGUGCUUAUUACUGUCGCCACUGUGUUCCUCGAUAUGGUGGGCACAUUCUCUUCCAGCGCACCUACAGGAUGUCUCCCCUCCAUCGCCAAUCAUUUCGGAGUCUCGUUAGAAGUUGCGGGGCUGAAUCUCACUCUUUUCGUACUCGGUUACUGCGCUGGCCCUCUCGCAUUUGCUCCCCUAAGCGAGAUCUACGGCAGACAGCAUAUCUUCACAAUCACGUUUACCCUAUACCUUGCAUCUAGCUUCCUGUGUGCAUUUGCCCCGAAUCUCGCCAGUCUUCUUACCGGUCGCAUGCUUGCUGGCAUAUUUGUUUCUGCACCUCUUAGCAAUGGUCCAGCUGUUAUCGCUGAUAUUUGGAGUCCAAUCGAGAUGGCAGUGGCCAUGGCUGGUUUCGGAGCCGUCACAUUCCUCGGACCCGCCCUCGGACCCAUCACCGCCGGGUUUCUUGACAUGGCUAAGGGUUGGAGAUGGAGCUUUUACAGCCUACUAUGGCUGGCGGUUGCAGGGUUCUUCGCAGCCUUCACUAUUCCCGAAACUCAUGCCCCGACAAUAUUGAGGCACAAAGCAGAGCGUAUUCGUGUCGCCCAGAUCCCGGGCUACGAGACAGUUCAGGCCGAAUGCGAGACACAAGACAGGUCAUUAAAAAACGUCUUCAAGAUAUCGCUCACGCGCCCUUGGAUCAUUCUUUUUGAUCCGAUCUCCUUCCUCAUCGCCAUAUAUGUGUCGGUUGUGUAUACCCUUCUUUAUAUGCUCUUUUCUAUCUAUCCUAUUGUCUUCCAGGAAAGACGCGGUUGGAAUGCUGGAGUUGGUGCUCUGCCUUUGCUGGGAACAUCAACUGGGGCAUGUCUUGGCGGCGUGCUCGUAUUUUUCGACACGAUGCGUCAGAUGAAACGGGCAGAGAAAGGAAAGGAAAUCGUAGCAGAGCACCGCCUGCCGGUAUCAAUUGUCGGAGGGAUCGGCUUCGCUGUAUCCAUGUUUUGGUUUGCUUGGACAGCAGAAUUCGAUUCAAUUCACUGGUUUGUGCCAACACUAGCUGGCGUUGGGCUUGCAUGCUCGAACCUGCUGCUCUUUGUUGGCUUCCUCAACUAUCUGGUCGAUACAUAUCUCGCAUAUGCCGCUUCAGCAAUGGCAGCCAACACAAUUCUACGCUCUGCGUGUGCAGCAACGGCGCCCCUUUUUACAACUAAAAUGUUCCACACUCUGGGAGUUGGCGGCGGCGGAAGUGUCAUUGGAGGAAUGGCAACUAUUCUGGCAGCGAUACCGUUUCUGUUCUACAAGUAUGGCAAAAGUAUUAGAACGCGUAGCAAAUUUGCCGCUGCUUCGGCGAAAAAUCCUGAUCCAUUACCUUCGUCAAUAGAAAUGGAUCAGGUGUGUGAAGAGGCUUUGACGACCAACGAAUCGCUCAAUAACCAAGCAGUUCCGGAAAAGUAG